AUGUUGGCAGCUGAAGUAAGAAGUUUAAUUGUUGCAAAAAUUAAGCAUGCAAAGUAUUUCACUGUGAUACUUGAUUGCACUCCAGAUGCAAGUCACGAGGAACAAAUGUCCCUUGUAAUUAGAUGUGUGGAUGAUUCAGAAAAUGCAAUAGUGGUUGAAGAAUUUUGGAUUGGAUUUUUGAAAGUUAAUGAAAUUUCUGGGCUUGGGCUUUUUAUAGAGCUUAAAAAUAUUUUGAGCAAUCUCGAAUUUGCGAUUGACGAUAUAAGAGGUCAAGGAUAUGACAAUGAAUCUAAUAUGAAAGGAAAGCACAAGGGUGUACAAAAUAGAUUACUUGAAAUUAAUCCCAGAGCUUUCUACACUCCAUGUGGAUGCCACAGUCGUAAAGAAACUUGGAAGAGUACGAGGAAAACACCUAGCAAACUGUCUAGGUCAUACCAGAACUUACUUGCCCGACUAGAAAACUUAAAGCUCCGAGAAUCGUCUUCUAGAGAUCAAGCACCUAUUGCUGUGGAGCCGAUAACUACUGCUCCCCCCGCAGACGAGGAUAAUGAUGCUGUUGAGGCUGAAGAGUUUAUAGAGAGUACGUUUGCUGAUAUGAGGGAUGACGAUGAGGCUGGCGACGAGGAAAAAAUAGAUAUUGAUGUUGCUAUCGGACAGUUAAAUGGGGUUAUUUCUUUUCUCCAAGAGUUUAGAGAAUCUGGAUUUGAUCAAGCCUUGGUUGAAGCCAAACAUAUUACAAGUGAAAUGGGAAUUAAACCUAUUUUCUGA